AUGGCGGACUUCUUCGCGCAAGCGGAGGAGCUCAACCUCGUCUCCGCGGCGCACAACGCGGAGAUCGACGGCGUGAAGCUGAAGCACAUGUCGACGUCGCAGCUCGCGUCCGCGGCGGCGACGCGAGGGAUCGCGAUGGGCCCGCGCGCGUCGCUCAUCCGCGCGCUCGCGUCGCACGCGCGCGCGAACGACCCGGGCGACGCGCGCGUAUCCGACGACGCCGACCCCGACGCCCCGUCGACGCCGCCGCUUCGACUGAACGAGAUGUCCGAGUUCGGCGCCGCGCCGGGCGCGGGCGACGCGCGCGACGCGUACGUCGUCGGCGCCGCGGCGGUGACGUGGGAGGACGAGGUGUACGUCUACGGCGGGCUCACCCCGGACGGCGAGUUCGUGUCCUCGAUCACGCGCUGGAGCGCCGCGACCGCGUCCGUGGAGGUCAAAGUCGCGGGCGCGGCGGCGGACGACGGCGACGGCGACGGCGACGGCGACGGCGACGGCGCGGCGCCGCCCGGGCGGUACAAUCACACCGCCGUCGUGAGCGAGGACGCGAUGUACGUGUUCGGCGGGCAGGGGCGGUACGGGUGCUUAGACGACCUGUGGCGCUUCGACUUCGUGACUUCGCGGUGGACGCGGAUCGAUCGCGGCGAGACGAAGGGCGCGCCGCCGCCGCCGCGCGCGGGCCACUGCGCGUGCGUCGGCGCGGCUGGCGGCGCGCGCGGCGCGCGCGUGAUGUUCGUGUUCGGAGGCUCGAACCCGGUGGGACCGGACGGCGCGGGGAGCGUGUCCUACGACGACCUGUACGCGUACAACCUGCGAUCCGACGAGUGGCUCGCGGUGGAGACGAAGUGGAGGAAACCUCGAGGCGGCGACGGGUGCGCGAUCGCGUCCUUCGGCGGCGUGAUCUACGCGCUGUCGAGGUCGGAGCUCGGCGAGUCGAUGCACGCGUGGUGCUUGGAGCUCGACACGAGGCGAGGGAGGCCGCGGUGGACGCAGGCGGGGCGGGCGGGGACGCCGCCGACGCCACGGACGGAUUACGUCGCCGCGACGUACGGCGUCAACUGGCUCGUGCACGGCGGCCGCGCGGUGAACGGCGCGAACGGCGGCGGCGGCGUCCUCGGGGACUGCUACGCGUUUCACUUCCCGUCCGGGGAGUGGGCGAAGCUCGCGGAGGACGCGGAGGCGGACCGGCGGUGCUGCCACGCCGGCGCGGCGAUCGACGGCGCGUUCGUGCUUCUGCACGGGAAGAGAGGCGCCGUCGGCGACGACGCGCGCGGCGACGCGCGCGGCGAGGGGGACGACGCGGGCGCGGACGGAGGCGACGAGAAGGAUCCGGGCCCGUGCUUCGCGGUGAAUCUGGAUCAGUACCUCCCGUUCCCGGAGGCGUCCGAUUCGAUGAUGAACACGUCGGUGGUGCCGUCGAACGCGGGCUCGGACGACGAGCGCGACCCAACGACGACGCGGGGGAACGGCGACGAGUACGCGCGAGAGGCGAGCGCGUUUCUGCGAAGCCGGAGAGCGACCGAGAGCAAAGUCGCCGCGCGCGACGGCGUGCUCCACGUCAAGUGCGUCGGCGGCUCCGACUUGCUCGCCGCCGACCGCAUCACGAAAAAGAGCGAUCCGUACCUCAUCCUCCGCUGCGGCUCCGCGCGGUUCAAGACGAAGAUCAAGUCGCGGACGCUGAGGCCGACGUGGAACGAGACGUUCGAGAUCCCGGUCUCGGCGACGCAGCGACUUUCCGGGCGCGUGUCGUUCGAAUGCCGCGACCACGACAAGAUCGGCAAGGACGACUUCUUAGGCACCGCGACGCUGAAAAUUUCCGACGUCCCCGAGGACGGCGCGACGCGAGAGUACGCGCUGUCGCUCGAGGGCGUGAACCGCGGGACGAUUCAGUGCGAGGCGCGGUUCGAACCGACCGGGCCGCCGCUCGACGCGGGUCAGCUCGCGAAGGAUGAAAACGCCGACGACGAAGAAGAGGUGAACGACGUCGCGAUGAGCUCGGACGACACGAAGACGACGAACACGUCGAAGAGCGAAAAAGCCGAAGAGAUCGCGCCCGCGGACUCGAGUCAUUCGCCGGCGACGACGCCCGGGCGAUUCGACGCGACGGAAGAGCCGACGGACCGCGCGGUGCCGCUGACCACCGCCGCCGCGCUGAACCGCCGCGGGCUCAGGCAGACGAAGCGGCGAGGCGGCCUCGUCGGCGGCUCGCUGCACGUCUCCGGACACGUCGGGUCGCAUCGCGAGGGCGACGUGCGCUUGAUCCCCGGCGCCGGGAAGAGCGGCGUCACGCUGCACGCGCACGCGGACGUGCUCGCGGCGGCGUCGCCGGCGCUCGAGAGCCUGCUCCGCGCGUCCCCCGCGUUGGCCGCGGCGACGCGACGCGUCGACGUCAUCGAGCGCGUUUCGUCGCGCGCGCACCCGCUCCUCCGCGCGUGUUUGCACGUGAUCCUGUACGCGAUGCACGCGCUCGCGGUCUUCGCGACGUUCGCGGCGAGGGACGCGGCGCGGUGGGCCGUCGCCGCGUACUCGCUGUCGUCGGACGUCGCCAAGCCGCGCGAGAAGACGCUCGUGUUUCCGGAUUUGGACGCGCGGACGAUGACGGAGAUGCUGCGAUGGAUCUACCGCGUCCCGCUGCACCCGCCCGUGGACGCGCUUUGCGAUUUGCACGCGGCGGCGACGAAGUACGAGAUCGACGGGCUCGCGGCGUACGCGCGGCGGCGGCUGCGGAGGGACGCGGACGCCGACGCGUGCGCGGGGGCGGCGAAAAUCGCGCGCGACGCCGGCGACGCGAAGCUGUGGUCCGUCGCCGUUCGACGCGCGCGCAGGGACUGGGCCGCGGUCAGGGUCGCGGAGGGGUUCCACGCGCUUGUCAGGGAGGACGCGGAGGCGGCGCGGGCGUUCACGCUGGCGGUGCACUCGACGAUUCAGUUGGCGAGCGAGGGCCUGGACCAGUUAUUAUGAGACGAUCGGUAUAAAAUGUUCUAAAAUUUGACUCAAAAAGCAGGGUUAACAAUCAGC